GAGAGAACACAAUUUCAUGUUAUGUUGAGCGAUCUAUUUUGUACAUAUAAUUAUGGCGUUUUCAUGUAAACAGGCUUUGAAAGAUUUUGGCGGUACACCAUCAGCGUACAUGUCCUGUUACUUGCAUGUGUGUAAUGCUUUCGUGAAAAUAUGGGAAAACGUGUUCAUUUGUAAUUAUCUCUAAUAUUACAAAUACAUUCCUAUUAGAAUUGUUACUGCUUAGAUGUAAGGAGUUCGUAUCUCGGGUGGAACGAUAGAUUAUUCUUAGAGGAUUCAGUAAAUAUAUUAGAGUUUAUUCAACAUGAUAUCGGCUAUCACUGGAAACACAGAGAGCUACGAGACAGAAAAACAAACACAGAUUGAAGAUACGGAAAGGCGUCGAAUACCCUUAAAUGAGCAUGUUAAUAAGGAGAAUAAGAAUACAGUGAACGAAGCUAUAAUGCUUCCAGAAUCAAAUAAAGAUAGAAAGAAACUUCGCAGUGGAAAGUAUAUAAACGCAGAUGUUACAAGUUUGCAUAGAGUUAAUGGAAAUGCCACUAAAACUGGAUCGCCUAAACAGAAGAAUCAAUUUAAAAAACCUAUUAAAAGAAAAAGCAAUGCAACUGAAGAAUCGGAAGCCAAGGCUCCGAUGCUGGAGCAAAAGGAUGAAAUAUUAGAAAAUCGUGUUAAGUUUGAAAAUGAACAAAAUCAUGAACAGAUAGAGACGAGCGAUGAUUUUGAAAGCAAUACUCUUAAGAAAACUAAAACAGAGGAAUACAACGUAAACGUAGAUGAAUCAAAACCCCCCAUACAUCAAAAACCUAUUAAUGUUCAUCAAAAGUGUGAAUAUUGUUGUCAAAAAAUAAACAAUCCUGAUUUAAAGAUAUAUCCAGGACAUCCUAACGGGGCAGUGGAAGAACUUAUCGCAUUAACAGAUCCUAAGUUAUCUUUAUUCACAGGAGAGGAAGCUACAGUUUAUGAGGGUGAUGAAAGACCACAAAAUAAGUUAACAGACUUUUGUGUGUAUGAUAAAAAUGGACAUUUGUGUGCUUUUGAUACUGGUCUGGUUGAAAAGAAUGUAAUACUUUAUUUUUCUGGUUAUAUGAAACCUAUUUACGAAGAAAAUGCAUGUCCAGAAGGAGGUGUGCCUACUAAAGAUAUGGGACCAAUAAAUGAAUGGUGGGUGUCGGGUUUUGAUGGCGGUGAACUAGCUCUUGUAGGAUUUACCACUGCAUUUGCGGAAUACAUAUUGAUGGAACCUGCAGAAGCAUAUGUACCAUUCAUGGAUUCAGUAAAAGAAAAGAUUUAUAUGAGCAAAAUAGUUAUAGAAUUCUUAUUGGAUGAGAUUAAUCCUACGUACGAAGAUUUAUUGAAUAAGUUACAGACUAUAGUUCCACCGAAGGGACUAUCUAGAUUUACGGAAGAUUCUUUGUUAAGAUAUGCUCAGUUUAUCUGUGAUCAAGUAAUUUCCUUCGACGCAUCAGCAAGACCUGAAGAUCCUUUAUUAAUUACAAGUCCAUGUAUGCGAGCAUUAGUAACACUUGCAGGUGUAACAUUAAAUAAACGAAUCGCAUUACGUAGGAUGCAGCCAAGAGAUCAAAAAAAUAAAAGAAUUGGUUGGACGAAAGCUACAACGACAAAAUUAGUUAAAAAUAUGUUUGAGACCUUUUUUUCUGACCAAUUGGCUACAAACAAUGAAAAAGAUGUAUCUGGUCCUAAGAGACAUAGGUGUGGUGUUUGUGAAACUUGCCAACAACCAGAUUGUGGGGUGUGUUCUGCCUGCAAAGACAUGAUCAAGUUUGGUGGAUCUGGGAAGAGCAAACAAGCUUGUAAUAGAAGAAGGUGUCCAAACAUGGCUAUUCAAGAAGCUGAUGAUUCGGAUCAAGAAGAUGACGAGCUCAAUGACACGCUAAUAGAAAAUACGAAAAUUACCCAAAAAAUGAUCCUGAAAGAAUUCAAACACGUUGAAAAGGAGAUCACAUGGAUGGGAGAACCUAUCGUAGAUGAUGGGAGAAGAACAUUUUAUAAGUCAGUUAUGGUUGUUGAUGAAGAGAUAAAAAUAAAUGAUUAUGUACUAAUCGAAUCAAACGAUCCAACCGUACCACUGCAAAUAGCCAAAGUCAUGUAUAUGUGGGAAGAUAGAAAUGGGGCAAAAUUAUGUCACGCGAAUUGGUUCAGAAGAGGCAGUGACACUGUACUCGGUGAAACAUCGGACCCAUUAGAAGUAUUUUUACUCGACGAAUGUGAUAAUGUACCUUUUACUUCAGUAAAAUCUAAAGCCACUGUCAUUUACAAAGCUAGUCCAGCGAACUGGAAUGAACUAGGAAACGCAGAUUUAUUACCAGAAGACGAAAUACAAAAUAAAGAUGGAAGAACGUUUUUCUAUCAAAAACGAUAUACUCCUGAAACAGCACGUUUCGAAGAUCCUCCUCCAGAUCCUGUCUGCCAACGAAAAGAAGUUGAACAUCGAUUUUGUCCAGCUUGUGUGCGUUUUACAACGUUACAAUGCUAUUACACGCCAAAGGUCUUCGACAAAGAAGAAGAGAAGAGUAGCAAAGAAGUAACAUACAGCGUUGUAAAAUAUAAAGGAGAAGAAUUUAGAGUUGGUUCUGCCGUAUUUUUAUCACCUACUGCUUUGAAAUACAAAUACACAUCUACAUAUCACAUUAGUUCAAAGAUGAAAAGAGGAAAGGUAGAUGAGGACAUGUAUCCGGAAUACUAUAGGAAAUCUUCAGACCACGUGAAGGGUUCGAACUACGAUACACCUGAACCAUUUCAUAUUGGUUAUAUUAAUGCAAUAUAUGCGAAAACCAAUAAUAAAUUAGUCGCUUCGUCCGAUAUAUGGAUUAAGAUAAACAAGAUGUAUCGACCAGAAAACACACACAAAGGGCUCACACUGAUGCAACAAGUUGAUCUUAAUAUGGUAUAUUGGAGUGAUGAAGUUUGUGAUGUGAAGUUCUCGGAAGUGGCAAGUAAAUGUUAUUUAGCAUAUUCAGAGAAUCUAGACGAGUCUGCGGAGGAAUGGACUGCCGGUGGCCCGAAUCGUUUUUACUUUUCUCAAGCAUAUAACGCGUCAGAAAAGACAUUUGUUGAUCCGCCGAAUCGCGCUAUGAGUAUUGGAAAGCCAGGGAAGGGGAAAGGAAAAUCGAAGUGCAAGAAUAAAAACUUAGAAAACAGUGACGCUAAGAAAAUGAUUGAUAAACCAGUAAAUUAUUGUAGUGUGCCAAAAAAAUUGAAAACAUUAGACGUGUUUGCUGGUUGUGGCGGAUUAUCCGAGGGAUUACGACAAGCUGGUAUCGUAGAUAACCGUUGGGCGAUUGAAAGAGAAGAACCAGCCGCGUGUGCAUACAGGCUCAAUAAUCCUGAUACAACUGUAUUUUGCGAGGACUGUAAUGUGCUUUUACGAAAAGUUAUGAAUGGUGAGCUUUGCGAUAACAAUGGUCAACGUUUGCCUCAGAAAGGGGAAGUAGAAUUAUUAUGCGGUGGACCGCCAUGCCAAGGUUUCAGCGGCAUGAACCGUUUCAAUUCACGGCAAUAUUCAUUAUUUAAGAAUUCGUUAGUGGUGUCGUGUUUGUCUUAUUGUGAUUAUUAUAGACCGAAAUACUUUAUUAUGGAGAAUGUAAGGAACUUCGUUUCCUUUAAAAGAAGUAUGGUUCUUAAAUUGACAUUGAGAUGUCUCGUUCGAAUGGGUUACCAAUGUACAUUUGGUAUUUUACAAGCUGGAAAUUAUGGUAUUCCGCAAACUAGAAGGAGAUUAAUAAUAUUGGCUGCUGCGCCUGGGGAAAUACUGCCAAAAUACCCGGAACCAACCCACGUUUUCAGCAAACGGGCGUGUCAAUUAAGCGUUAUUGUUGAUAAUAAAAAGUAUUCAUCUAAUUGCGAUUGGACAGAAUCAGCACCGUAUAGGACGAUUAGCGUCCGCGACGCAAUGUCUGAUUUACCUAAUAUUAGAAACGGUUGGAAUAAAGAAGAAAUGGCCUAUGGGGAUGAACCGAUCUCUCACUUUCAAAGAAAAGUAAGACCUAAAGAACCGGAUGCAAUAUUGCGAGAUCACAUUUGCAAAGAUAUGGCACCUUUAGUCGAGGCACGAAUAGCACACAUUCCAAUCGCAAGUGGAUCCGAUUGGCGAGAUUUACCAAACAUUGCAGUACGUUUAAGUGAUGGAACGUAUUCGAAAAAAUUGGAAUAUACCCAUCACGACAAAAAGGCUGGUAAGAGUUCUACCGGAGCAUUUCGUGGUGUAUGUAGCUGUUGUGCAGGCAAAGGUUGUGACUCAAUGGAUAGGCAAUAUAAUACUUUAAUCCCAUGGUGUUUACCCCAUACUGGAAAUCGCCAUAACCACUGGGCAGGAUUGUACGGGAGAUUGGAAUGGGAUGGUUUCUUCGGUACUACAAUUACUAAUCCUGAACCUAUGGGCAAACAAGGUCGCGUUUUACAUCCUGAACAAACCAGAGUUGUAAGCGUAAGAGAAUGCGCCAGAUCACAAGGUUUUCCAGAUUCCUUCCGCUUUUAUGGAAACAUACUUGACAAGCAUCGCCAAAUUGGAAAUGCUGUACCGCCACCAUUAGGCGCUGCUCUUGGUUUUGAAAUUAGAAAAUGUUUAACAACCGAGGACAUUAUCGGCCAACUUGAGAAGAAGCUAGAUGGGUUUAGCGACUGAUAGCAAUGUUAAAAGUAAUGAUAAAAGUAAAUAAUAUUUAUGACAAAAUAUUAUAUUGACUCUUAAUGGUAGCACAAUAUGUUAUAAAUGUCUUUUUUAUCUACAUAAAUUUACGAAUAUGUGUCCAGUAAAAAUAUGUAGAUGCUUCCUUAUACCAUUUACGUGACCAAAAGUAUUAUGUGAUGCAUAUCUUGUAUGCAAUGUUAACAGUAGAAAGUGCAACGUUUGUUUCUUCAUGCGUAAAUUUUAAUUGCGGGAAUCAGUAUUUUUUAAUUACUUCUAAAAUAUUAAAUACAUAUGUAUGUCGUGUCGAGAACCGUUUCGUGCAAGAACUCAUUUGUAACAAUUAUUAUAUAUCGUAUGUAUAUAUUGUACCUUUUUACGGUUAUGUGUUAAAAAUAAAAUUGUUUAUCAACAUAGUUUUAGAAGAGAGAUAACGGCGAAUAAAAUUAUUGAAUAACGCAAGGAAUAUUUAUUGUGAAAUAAAAUCUUUAUAACAAAAGCCCACACAUUUAAAUGCAGAGUUUUUUCUUCCCACAAUUUGGUACAAGUUUAACAUGGCUAAUGGUUUAUCGAACAGAAAAGUAUCAAAAAUUAAAAGCCGAAGUAGAAAAACAAAGUAAAAAAUUGGAAAAAAGAAAAGAAGCACAUGGUGAUUCAUUGGAUAAACAGCAAAAGAAGAAAAUAGAAAGAGAGGAGGA